AUGUCUGAUAAAGCGCCAUAUGUCACUGCUGCAGCCGCAACGGUCGGCGCUCUCGGUGCCGCGUAUUAUGCUUAUAAUGUAUACCAGGAAUCGCGGAAACCAAAGCUGCCUAAUGAAUGGAAACAAGUCGGUACAAUUAAGGACAUUUAUGUAUACCCAGUCAAGUCAUGUGGCCCGGUUUUGUUAAAUAAGACUGAAUGCACUACUUUGGGCCUUAGGGAUGGCUGGCUCAGGGACAGAGUGUUAAUGGUAGUUGAUGAAAAGAAUAACUUUAUAACUGCCCGAGCUUACCCUGAGUUACUGCUCGUGCAACCAUCAUUAAAACGUUCAAUUCUUACCUUGAACCAUAGUGAUAUGGAGACACUUAAUGUUAAUUUGGCAGAGGUGAUAGAAAUUCAAAACCCUAAACCUGCUACUGUAUGGGGUGUAACUGUUCCGGUGUACGACUGUGGCGGGAACGCUAGUGAAUGGUUUUCACGAUUACUUAACCGGUCUGCCGACAACUUUAGACUGGUGUAUUAUGCUUCUAAUAAAAGCCGUGAAUUAAGAAAAUCUUCAAAAAAAUUCUAUAAUUUCACCAAAAAUGAUACCGGUGCUUUUCCGGAUGAGGUACCGUUCAAUUUGAUUAACGAAGCUUCCGUAGAUGAGCUUAAUAGUCGCCUGAAGGAUUACCAGGUUACGCCACGCAAUUUUAGACCGAACUUCGUCGUUAAUGGAGCCAAACCAUACGAUGAAGAUAAUUGGAAAUACGUUAAAAUCGGAGAAAACAUUUUUGAAAUCAUAAAACCUUGCACUAGGUGCGUUAUGACUACUAUUGAUCCUGAAACUGGCAUCCGUAAUGCUAAAACAGAGCCAUUGGAAACUUUAAAGAGUUAUCGUCAAAUAGCAGAGCCUGAAGAACGCAAGGCAGCAGGGAACUCACCUCGCAUGGGAAUACAAAUGUCGUUGCGCUCGGAGCCUGGCGGCGUUAUUUCUAUAAAUGAUCCCGUAUAUGUUCCACAAUAG